GCCAAGCCGUUACUACGAGCAACACAACAGAGCAUGCGUACACGAGACCAGCAACAAGAUUUCGAAUGAAUCAAUGGGUCGCUCAGUUCUCCGUAUAAGAGCAACUCUUUCCAUUUAUCAGAUUCGCAGUGACGGCACAUUUUUGUCCUCCAGGCGUCGCGUUUGGCUCCGAAUUUCGCUCUUCGGACGAGAUUGGAACUCGAAACGCGUGCUACCAACGUUUCCUAUUAUUGUGAAUGAGAGCUGCAAGGUGGAGAGGCUGUUUACGAAUGCGUGGAAUUUGUCGUCGCUCUCGGACAUUUUGACUGCUGAUGGAGUCACUCUGGAGUUGGUUCAACACGCUGAUAACAAGCCUGAUGGGCAUGUGCUAGCUCGUUAUGAGACAUCAGUUCAAGACUUUUUGUUUCCUAAACAAUCGGCUGGCUCAAUUCAUUACAUCACAAUGAAGAGAACCAAACACCUCAAGUUUGCUGUCCAACUAUCAUAUUCUACUCAAACUGUGGUAGAAGAGGUGGCAUUUACACGACCAGGACAGACAAGUGGGAUCUGCUUAGAUGGUGAAGAAAGAGAGCAGCCUGCCAAACCGACUCACCAAAGUGCGUCUCACAUCAUCCACUCUACUCCACUUCAUUCACAUAUGACGACACAGAGAGGCACAUCCGAUUUGCCGCUUGGUUUGGCGCCUUCACAACCGAGCGACGUCUUUCUUUCAUCAUUUUCUUUCAGUAAUCACCGACAGCUUUGUGCUUUUCCAAGGACACGUACGGGUCUGUGUGUUCAUCUCUUGCCAUCCGAUUAUGUUGGGAAACGUGUGAAGAAAGCACGAGUGGAGAUGCUGGAUGAUGCAGCUUGUGUGCAACAUCAGCGUCCUCCGUUUGUAGUGAGAAAGGUGGAUCCUGAUCUGAUAACAUCAAGAGGCUACUUGUCUGAUCCAUUGGAAGAACCGGUGGAAACGCCUGGCAAUCUUGGACGCACAGAGAGACAGUCACACCAUUCGUUGUUUGAUGCUUCGUUUGACAAACCAUCAGUCACUGUUAUUAAACAUGCCACGCCCACGCAUAAAAGGCAGUCCCUAUUCAGUGAGCAGAAAGCUACACAGACGUCUGGAGAAGACACUGUUGUAAUAGGAAGCGUAUCACACAGUGACAGCGAAUGUGAUGCUGGAAAUAGUCGAGUUCAUGAGGCUGGAAGUGUGGAGUAUUCUGAUGAUGAAGAGAAGGAUGACAGUGGAAGCGAGAUGAGCGAUCUAACGGAAGAUGAAACGAAGACGUUUUCAGUAGGAAAGUCGGGAGAUAGAAAUGGUCAUUAUGGUAGUAGAAGAUAUCAACCUUUGCACACAAGGCAUCAUACUAGGAGGCACAGUCCACAGGUUGCGUCUGAUGAACUGCUAAGGCGGAGGGGAAAUUUGAGAAGCAGCUCAGUAGAACCAGCAGAGAAAAUUCAUCAGAAAAUUGACAACUUACUGAGGAAGUAUCAGUGGAAACAAGUUGAAAGGUCAGGAGGCAGUUCUGAUGAAGAUGAGCUGGAGACAACACUUCGGAGGAUCAAAUCAUCACACAACAGUAGCAGAGCAAAACGACAGCACAACAAAAGUAUGACUGUCCAUCUCGGUGGCGACGACUACUGGUCAGAUCGUAUGAAGGAAUGGACAGGUCGGCCCCACAGAUUACUCUUCGACGAAACUCUUGAAAAGGCAUACUCACGUUUAUAUCAACAAGCCACUGACAUCAGUUGA